GAAAGGAGAUGUGACCUCCGGAAGAAAGGAGACGUAGUGAAGGGAGGGCCGCCUUUAGGAGGAUUACAGAGAGAGGGGAUCAUGGCGAUCAGAGAGAGAGGUGUUUUUGGAGGUUGCAGCAGAGAUGCCUUUUCUCUGGCCAAGAAGGAGAGGACCGUCUGUCUGGAGAGGGUCUCUCUUGGAGAUGCCCGAAGUUGGGGCGGUGGGACCUGAGAGGAGCGCCCACCACACCCGCACGCUGCUCUUUCAGUAGAGGAUGCCCGAAGGAACCGGCCCCCUAGCGCCGGCUGCUCCCGACGGGUCGGCCCGGCCGGAGGACCCGCUGCUGAUUGGCUGAGCUGCCGGGCGGAAGUGAUGCUACUGUCACUGGCUCCUCAGGUUCCCGGGAAGCCGCGAGUUUCCGCAGGGAGGCGGCGGCAGCAGCUGCGGCCGGGCCGGUCUGCAGUCUGUGCUCAGAGUCAGCCCUACUCAAAGCCAAAGGGAUGCCUGUUCUUCGUUUGCACAAAAUGAGCGUGAGGUGGUUCGCCAGACCCAGAGCUCGCCCUCACUCGGAGUCCAGCCUACUGCUCUGAUGCCGAAGGGGAGGCAGAAAGUGCCACACUCAGAUGCCCCUCUGGGCCUGCCUGCUCGCCUCUGGCUGGAGUUAGCCGGGCUCUUCCUUCUGCUUCCCUGGGUUAUGGGCCUGGUGGGGGCAGGUGGGCCUGUGGCCCAGGGUCCAGGGGGGCUAAGUUGGGCUGUGCAUCUGGACCACCCAGAAGGCGAGGGGGAAGCUGAUUUGCUGGAGCAGCAGGCAGAUGCCUUGGCCCAGGCAGCAGGGCUGGUGAACGCAGGACGCAUCGGGGAGCUGCAGGGACACUACCUCUUGGUCCAGCCAGCUGGACACCCGCAGCCCCAGCAGGCCGAGGCCGUCCGGCAGCAGGUGGAGGCCGUGCUGGCCAGGCACGAAGCUGUGCGCUGGCACUCAGAGCAGAGAUUGCUUAAGCGGGCCAAGCGCAGCAUCCACUUCAAUGACCCCAAGUACCCACAGCAGUGGCACCUGAAUAACCGGCGGAGCCCGGGCAGGGACAUCAACGUGACAGGGGUGUGGGAGCGCAAUGUGACCGGGCGAGGGGUGACGGUGGUGGUCGUGGACGACGGCGUGGAGCACACCAUCCAGGACAUCGCUCCCAACUAUAGCCCUGAGGGCAGCUAUGACCUCAACUCUAAUGACCCUGACCCCAUGCCCCACCCGGAUGUGGAGAAUGGCAACCACCAUGGCACACGGUGCGCAGGAGAGAUCGCUGCCGUGCCCAACAACAGCUUCUGUGCGGUGGGAGUGGCCUACGGGAGCCGCAUAGCAGGUAUCCGGGUACUGGAUGGACCCCUCACAGACAGCAUGGAGGCCGUGGCGUUCAACAAGCACUAUCAGAUCAAUGACAUCUACAGCUGCAGCUGGGGACCAGAUGACGAUGGAAAGACAGUGGAUGGCCCCCAUCAGCUUGGGAAGGCUGCCUUGCAACAUGGGGUGAUCGCUGGCCGCCAGGGCUUUGGGAGCAUCUUUGUGGUGGCCAGUGGCAAUGGGGGCCAGCACAACGACAACUGCAACUAUGACGGCUAUGCCAACUCCAUCUACACGGUCACCAUAGGUGCUGUGGACGAGGAGGGACGGAUGCCCUUUUACGCAGAGGAGUGCGCCUCCAUGCUGGCGGUCACCUUCAGCGGCGGGGACAAGAUGCUCCGGAGCAUUGAAUGUCUUCGCCUUGGAAACCAGCUCAAUGACCAGCUCGGUGGAGCUGCCUUCCUGAGGGCGGGCAAGGUGACCACAGACUGGGACCUUCAGAAGGGCACGGGCUGCACUGAGGGCCACACGGGGACCUCAGCCGCGGCCCCCCUGGCGGCUGGCAUGAUAGCCCUGAUGCUGCAGGUGCGGCCCUGCCUCACGUGGCGUGACGUCCAGCACAUCAUCGUCUUCACAGCCACCCAGUAUGAGGAUCGCCACGCGGACUGGAUCACCAACGAGGCCGGCUUCAGCCACAGCCACCAACACGGAUUCGGGCUGCUCAAUGCCUGGAGACUAGUCAAUGCAGCCAAGAUCUGGACGUCUGUCCCAUACUUAGCUUCCUACGUCAGCCCCGUGUUGAAAGAGGACAAGGCUAUCCCGCUGUCCGCCCGCCCCCUGGAGGUCCUGUGGAAUGUCAGCAGGACAGACCUGGAGAUGUCGGGGCUGAAGACCCUGGAGCACGUGGCCGUGACAGUCUCCAUCACUCACCCGAGACGCGGCAGCUUGGAAGUGAAGCUCUUCUGCCCCAGUGGCAUGAUGUCCCUCAUCGGCGCCCCCCGCAGUAUGGACUCGGACCCCAACGGCUUCAACGAUUGGACCUUUUCCACCGUGCGGUGCUGGGGGGAAAGAGCAAGAGGGACCUACAGACUCGUCAUCCGGGAUGUGGGAGAUGAGAAGUCCCAGGCCGGCAUCCUCCGGCAGUGGCAGCUGACCCUAUAUGGCUCUGUGUGGAGUCCAGUAGACAUCAGGGACAGACAAAGGCUACUAGAAAGUGCCAUGAGUGGGAAAUACCUGCAUGAUGGCUUCACGCUGCCCUGCCCCCCUGGGCUGAAAAUCCCUGAGGAAGAUGGUUACACCAUCACGCCGAACACCCUCAAGACCCUGGUGCUGAUAGGCUGUUUCACUGUCUUCUGGACCAUUUACUACAUGCUGGAGGUAUACCUGAGCCAGAGGAAUGUGGCCUCUCACCCAGUGUGUAGGAGUGGACCCUGCCACUGGCCCCAGCAAAGCCGAAAAGCCAAGGAGGAGGGGACAGAACUAGAAGCAGUGCCCCUUUGCAGCAGCCAGGAUCCAGGUGGAGUGGGGACGGAGAGUCAGGGCCCUUCCGCCCCCUCCAGGCUCCGCGCCCCAGACCUGCUGGAUCAAGGGGACUGGAGCCUGUCCCAGAACAGAGGUGCCCUGGACUGCCCUCAGCGCCUCCCCCCAGACCUGCUACAGGGGAAGGGCGAGCAGAUUUGCUGACCCAGGGCCUGACAGCUUACAUGGGAGAGGCUCCUCCUUCCUAGGACUUCCUUCCGACGCCCCAGGAGAAGGCAGCAGAGGCUUACGGCGGGGACCAGAGGCCUAAAGAGUCCCCCCAGCUAAAGACUAUGCUCAGGGAGGCCCAGGGCCUUCCGAAGUUUAAGCCGCAGAGGAGUAGUGCCUGAGAACAGUCUGGCAACAGCCCUGAAACCUUCCAACAACUGAACAGGAGCUUUUGGUGAGGCCUUGGACCCGGGAUUGGUGCCGCCACCGGGCAGUCCUCCAUCCUCGUUUCUUCAGGGCAAGCCAGCAGUGUGGGUCACAGGGACCCUCACCCGUGCAUGACCAGAAGAGCGUCUCAGCUGAAACAUCACUGGAGCCGCUUGCGAAGAGGCCUUAGGGAUGGAGGCCGGGAAGAGUCCCGGACAUGCCUGUCCGUUCUGUGGCCUGGGGGCCAGAAACAGCAGCCCCUUCCUCUCUCCCUCUCACCUUCCAGCCUAAGCCUUGGACCUCUGACAUGUUGGUACGGCAAUCAGCCCUCAGUUCAGCACACUUGCCCUGAAAGCAGCUGCCUCCAUAAGCCCUGAUCAGAAGCCAACCUCGAACACACCCCAACUCCUCUACCAUCACCCCUCACCCUUCAUCCUGAAGGAUCGGUACGAUGCCCCCGCAAGGCUGGGAACAGGCAUGGCCCGCAGGCCUGGGCUGCUUCACUGGGGGAGUCUGGGGCAGGACUGGGGCAGGUGGAACAGGUAUCAGUUCAGUCAGUGCCCCUCCAGCCCUGCGACACCCCGUCUUCCUCUGCAAAGUGCUCAGGGAAAUGGCCUUGCCCAGCGGAAGUUCUGCCACCUGCCUGACCGACAGGCUGCGACUCUUCCUCCCAUUCCGGCCUCCUCUCCUCUUCUGAGCUAGCUGGCUGAUUGAUUUUUUUUUUUUUUUUAAUGCUUAAGAUUUGGUUUUCUCUUUUCACAGUGACAUUUUGUUGAAUCUUUUCUGCGCAGCUUUUCCAAAAUAAAAACCUUCCACACAA